UUCUUGGAUUAAGCUAAUCACGUUCGAUUUCCAUUUAAACGGACAAAACAGCGUGAUGGGAUAAGUGAGUUUUUUCUUAUACGGAGUUUUUUCUGCGAUAAUUAGUUCUCGCAGAAGAAUUAAUUAUCACAAGACCACCAAGGAAAUUGGUCAUUUAUUUAGAGAGUUGAAAGAAAAGAGAGAGAAUUUGGAGAGAUGGAAAUUUCUAUGUGUAUGUGUGGAAGACCUGAAAUCUUUGGUCAAAUUUCUAUGAGAACAGUACCAUUUUUAAGAAGAAGAGAAACUGGUUAUAAGGUUUCUAGUAUUAGAGCUUCAGUAGUGGAUUCUUAUGGAAGUUCUUCUUCAUCCAAGUUUGCAAAGAGAAUGGAGCAAGCCUGGGUUAUCUCCGAGCAACCUAGGCCAGUUGCCUGUUCAUCUUGUCACUCACAUGGGCACGUUGAAUGCAAAUGGUGUGGCGGUACUGGUUUCUUCAUUAUCGGUGAUAAUAUGCUUUGUCAAGUCCCUUCCAGAAACACUAGCUGUGUAAUAUGUACUGGGAAGGGUUCAAUGUGCUGCUCUGACUGUAAAGGAACAGGCUUCCGCGCGAAGUGGUUAGGUGAAUCUCCAACCAGUGAGUAGCAAAACUGCUUCCGGGAUUGUAUGAGGCUACGAGUAGCCAAGGAAACACCAGGACCUUGGGCUUCAGAUAAGUUCCAAAAGAAAUUCGUAAUAUUUCUGCUCCAGAUUCAUUUUUUUUCUUUUCUUAAGAAUGAUAAAAGAUCCAGGUACUGUAUAAAAAUCAGAUUCUUUCCAACACCAGGAAUCAAGUGCACAUAUUACUCUUAUAUAAAUACCAUGAUUGUAUAGUAAACUCUGGAAGUACAGGUGAAACACUUAAUUCCCACUAUUGCGGGACAAGGUUAUUGCUAAGACCCUAGAUAAUUUUUUAGUUUCUACA